AUGGCGACGGCAAGCAGCGAUGCGGCAGCCACUGACCAAAUCCCGGUGCGUACACACGGCUCCUACGGAGAGGCGACCAAUGAUGCCGAAUCGGCCGACGACCUGCUCGCCGCGCUUGGCUACAAGGCCGAACUCGUGCGCACGCGAUCGACAUGGCACGUCGCCUUCAUGUCGUUCGUGCUCGCCUCCAUCCCGUACGGCCUGGGCACGACGCUCUACUACCCGCUGCAAGGCGGCGGUCCUGUUGUCGUCAUCUGGGGCUGGGUCCUCGUCAGUCUGAUCAUCCUGUGCGUCGCCGCGUCGCUGGGUGAGAUCACGUCCGUCUUCCCCACGGCCGGCGGCGUCUACUACCAGACCUACAUGCUCGCCCCCGCCCGCUUCCGCCGUAUCGCCGCCUACAUGUGCGGCUGGGCGUACGUGGUUGGAAACAUCACAAUAACCCUUGCCGUCAACUUUGGCACCACGCUCUUUUUCGUUGCCUGCAUCAAUGUCUUCGAGUCUGAGCCUGGCGUCGGCAUCUGGCAAGCCGAGGUCUACCAGGUCUUCUUGACCUUUGUGGCAGUCACGCUGCUGUGCAACGCUAUUUCGGCCUUUGGCAACAAGAUCUUGCACCACUUAGAUACAUUUGCCAUUUACUGGACCUUUGCCGGCAUCAUCGCCAUCAUGGUGACCAUCCUGGCGGUUGCCAAAAACGGACGCCGCAGUGCCGCCUACGCCUUUGGCGACUUUGAGCCCACGUCUGGGUGGCCCGACGGCUGGUCGUUCAUGGUCGGCCUGCUGCACGCUGCUUACGCCACGUCGUCGACGGGCAUGAUCAUCAGCAUGUGUGAGGAAGUGCGCUCGCCCGCCACCCAGGUGCCCAAGGCCAUGGUCAUAACCAUCGUCAUCAACACCUUUGGCGGCCUGCUGUUUCUCGUGCCCCUCAUGUUCAUCCUGCCCAAUGUCGUCGACCUGACCGCCUUCGCCCAGCCCCUGCCCUAUAUCAUCCUGUAUGCGGUCGGCUCCCCGGGAGGCGCUUUUGCUCUCCUCAUCCCGCUCCUGGUUCUGUCCAUCCUCUGCGGUACCGCUUGCACAACGGCUACUUCGCGCUGCACCUGGGCCUUUGCUCGCGACGGUGCCAUCCCAGGUUCCAAGUGGUGGAGCAAGGUCCACCCGACGAUGGACAUACCUCUGAACGCCAUGAUGCUCACCAUGGUUGUCGAAAUUCUGCUGGGCGUCAUCUAUUUUGGCUCAUCCGCCGCCUUCAAUGCAUUUUCGGGCGUUGGCGUCAUUUGCCUGACACUGUCGUACGCGUCGCCAAUUCUCGUGUCGAUGAUUGAGAGGCGAGCACAGGUCCAAGACUGCAAGUUCCCUCUAGGCAAGUUUGGCUGGUUCUACAACGGUGUUGCCAUUGCCUGGUCGUUUCUCGCCGUGCCCCUGUUCUGCAUGCCGUCUCUCCUCCCCGUCACAGCGUUGACCGUUAACUACGCCCCUGUUGUGUUUGUCGGAUUUUUUACAAUCGCCGGCGUGUGGUACUUUGCCUGGGGCCACAAGAACUAUCGGGGUCCGCCAACCGACACCAUUGGCACCGCUGUUGUGGAUCCAGUGACAGAUAUCGACGCCCUCCCUUCGAAAAAGGUCGAAUGA